AUGGAUCGCAUUACUAGAAACGAUGGCCAAGAUAGAGCAGCGUGCACGCAUAUCACCCUCCUAGCAAAAGACGAAGAUCCUAUGAAGCCUUUGGCUUACCAACCAGGUAUGAACAAUAACUGGGUUAGAUUUCCGUGGAAAAGUCUGUGCAAAAAAUGUCCAGUCAUCUUACAUCUCCUUGAUCACAGUCUCUUACCCUGUGAAGAUGGUGAACAGCGUCUCGUGUACGAUCCUCAGAAUACCAACUUCCGGAAAGCUUCCUACCACUAUGUCGGUGUUUACUUUACAAGAUUUAUGCGUUCCAGGUUCGCCCAAAAGCUGGACGGAUACGACAGAGUCAAGGAUCUAAAUAACUGGGAGGCAUUCAGAGCAGUUAGACGUAUAGGAUUCAGACUGAAAGGCGCCAAGAAUUGUGAGAAGGUGGUGGAAGAUACGGAAAAGGCAGAGAUGAUCAACAUGGGAAAAUUCUUAGGAAUGAAAGAAAGCUCGAUUAGGGAUAUCUGCAACGAUGAAACCGAUACUGACAGUAAGUAG